GCUUGUCUCCAGAAACGUUUCCUCUCGGUGGUGAGCAGUGGGUGAAGUAAAGUGAUAAAACUAAGUGGAGGACAUUCUUCCCAAAGCCCAGAACUUGGAGCCCGUGUACCCGAGUUUUACACUUUGUUAGAAUAAUAGCUCAAUGGGAGACUUUAUUGGCCAUAUAUCUCCAGGUUUGUUUCUGGUCUUCUAUGGUCUAUAUCAAGCAAUAACAGUCUCCAGAGCUGUGAUACUCAAUGACUCUCUUCUGUAUCCUUCCUACCUUUCCAAGAAUAAGGGAAAAUGGGCCAGGCUGUGGUUAAUAGCCCAUGCAGGCUGGUUGAAGAUUGUGAUUGGCUCCCUCUUGAUAGUUUAUGAGAUCAAUUGUGUUGAAGAAGGACUGACAUUUAUGACCAAAGGGAUGCCACCAAGGUUUAUGUACCCCAAGGAGUGGCAGCACCUCACCAUGUUCAUCCUCCUUGUCCUUGACGGCUGUGUAGAAGUGGUGAGCAAGAACAUGCUACGGCAGAGGUGCGUGGUCCUAGAGAGAGGUGCCACGGUGCUGGGUGUCUAUGUGCUCCUGCUGCUGCUGGUAUCACACGUUAAAGAAUCAUCUGGGGUAGAGCUGCAGGUUCACUCUCUCCUCAUCUUGGUGGUGUUCUUGCUGAUGCUGGUGAUGACGGCAGAGCUGUGGGCUCCUGAGAUGUUUCACCUCUGGGUGAUAGAGACCUUCCUGUUCCUGAUAAUGGGCUCAUGGCUGAUUCAGGCAGCCUUCAUUCUUUUUAGACCAGUCUCUGGCUUCCCAUGGGAGGAUGAUGACAUCAGUGACAUCAUGUUUGUCACCACCUUCUUCUGCUGGCAUGUGAUGAUCAACGCCUUAUGCAUGUUGGGAAUCUAUGGCAUCUCUUCCUUUUGGUACCAUUGUUACAGUCCCAGCUUGAGGCUGAUGGGAUCCAAGGAAGCGCUGUACCACAAGAGUUCUUCGGGAACCUUCUACAAGCUGCUGCAGGAGGCAGAGCAGCAGGACAAAGAUGACCAGGCUCCUCUCCUUUCAAAGAGCUGUGACAGGGCCUAGAAUACCUGGGCAUACACACUGCUCCAUCUUCCUCCUGUAGGCUCUCCUGGGCACUUGUAAUGUACCCUUCGUUCCCCUUGUUCCUUGGUGAAGGCAAUGGCUCUGGAGAGUGGCAGUUGGUUUCCUGUCUGCUACUGUACUUCCUGUCUCUGAGCCUGCAGUUAAUGCUGGGAAGAAGAGGCCCAAAGUGAUGGGACUUGAGAAGAGGGAGGGGAGAAGACUGGGGGACAGGUCCACGUGCAAGCAAAGCUGGGAGGGGGGGCAGUGAGACAGAAUGACAUUAAAGAGAGGAGUCUCUGCUUGAGCCCAGAAUUCUGCACUCAGAGCUGUUUCUCCGAGGCACCACCCAAUGCUUCAUCUAAGGAAAUAAAGAUUCCUCA